AUACCAGCGAUAUCGUAUUUGAAAGUUCAUAACUGUGUUUGAAAGUGUUGGCGAUACUUGCUAGAUACUUAAAAACAGAAUUACCUACAACUUGGAAAUAAUUUCUGUGGUCAGUUUCUUAAGAACCUUCCAAAGCUCAAGUAAUAGAAGCCAUUGGUGAAUUUUCGUGAACAUCAGAACUAUGGCAAAGUACUGGGCGUUUUCCAGAAUCCUUGCAGGACUAGAAAUCCUUGUCGUUUUCGCAUCAUCAGCUCCUGCCGCUCCUUCCACCAGUCCAAGUGCCGAUGAACAAUUAGCUGUCAGAAUACAGGAAUUGGAGGCUCAAGUUAAAGAAUUGAGAGCAAUAUUGAAAACCAUUCUUCCUAAUAAUAUUGUAGUAAAUAUUCAAUCUCGUCAGUUUUCGGUCGCUGAAGAACAACUGCAGUUUAUUGAAGAUUACAAACACAUUGCCAGCCAAGUUUACAACGGAUCAAUUAAUAAUUUCGAUUUGCUGCUAAAUUUUGGAAACGACGUCAAGGAUCAUAAACACAGAUUCAACGUGUACAAUGCCUUGUAUAACGAGAUGAAAUCCAAUGGUCAUAAAGAUAUUUCGAAGCUUCUUCAGUUAAGCGAAUCAUUACAGAAAGGAAUUUCAAGUCCAUGGAAUAACGAUAACAUCGUUGAAACUCAAUCACUCAUCAGUACCAUAUGGGAUGAAAACCAAGAUGCGGCCAUCGAACCCAUUUCUAACGCCUUCCUAAACGACAGCUCUUGGGAAAUGGUUAAACAGCUCACUAAUGUUAUCAACGGUAGUUCUGUGAAAUAUGUUGACAAAGUUUACACCAAAGUUAUCGAAAAAAUCUUUGGCAAGAUGGACACGGUUGAAAUAUUGAGAAAAGCCAAGGCAAAUUUGAAAUGCUUGGACGAAUGCGUAUCGAUUCAUCGAGCAGUUUUUAAUCAAUUACAAAGUAAUGGAGAUUUAUUUGGAAAUUCCACCAUAUCUUUAACUCGUUACAUAAAAGCAACCAUGGAUGAUGCGGACUACAAAAAUACUCACCCGGAUAUGCAAACUCGACACAAAGAAAUCAAAGACAAGCUACCCAAGUCUGUGAGAAAUGCGGUAUUUUCGUCAUCGGUAUGCGUUAAAAAUACCAAGUAUAAUGAGUUCUUUUAUCCGUCUGGUUUAUCGAAUGACACAAACUCUAAUGAUUUACAUAUUGUUUCCACUUUGAUAAAUGGUGAUGGAGGUAGCGCGGCCAUUUUUAAAUGGAAAGUGUCCUUUUUGGAUAACAGUACGAAUUUCAAUUUGACUAACGAAGCUCUGAAUGAAUACUUUUAUACUCACCAUACUCACCGAACACAGUUGAACAUUACUCGUAUAGACGAAAAGUUUUUACCAAGAAAUUAUCGUCUGAUACAGUCACCGGUGUAAAUGGUUCCUGGAGAUUUGAAGUGAAUGGAGAUGGAGUCUUUAUCAUAAAUGUUGGUAGAAAUGAGUACUUGUUUGCUGACGAGAAUAAAAAAGCCAUGUCUAAACGUGAGGUAUUUACGUCGAAAAAGGUCACUUCUGGAGCAGUUCCAGCUGCUAGUAGAUGGGAUAUCAUUGAUUGCACUGAUUCUGAACAAACUCCUUUCAAAGCUUAAUUUAGCUCAUUGAGUUACUUUGUAUGUACCUAUUUCUUUAUGAUUAGGAAUCUAUAUUCUAUACCCAUACCUAUUUAUAUUAUUGAUGGAUUGAAUGUAGAAAUUUUUUUUCUUUGGGGGGGGGGGAUUAAUUACCUACUUGUACCUAUUAUUUUACCUAUUUAUUUGAAACCUUGGAGUAUAAUGUAAUAAAAUUUCUGUUCCUAUGAUUUAAAAA